AUGCAACCUCCUGCUGCAGAAAUUUUAGACACUACAUUUUCGCUUCAGUUCUAUCUUGGAGAAUGUCCUGUCUACUUCGAGGAACCUUGCAAUACAAACAUUGUCAAGUUCAUUUUGAGCGUGGGAGGAAAUAAUCACUCGAAUCAUCAUCUAGAUCCUCAUCGACCACUUUUACCGCAGGGCUACAAUGUCCUGAAUCCACUGAAAAUAGUGAUCCAUGGAUAUGGAGGAUUAGAAAUCGACAGUGCGUCGAGAAAUGUUACGCAAGCUUAUCAAGAUAUCGGAUAUAACGUUAUAUCAGUUGACUGGGGACCAUUAGCUCUACUUCCAUGUUAUCUGGCAGCCUAUUUGAACGCAUGGCAUGUGGGACGCUGUUUGAGUAUUCUUGUCAUUCGGUUGAUGGCCUUGGGAGUGGAACCACAAUUCACGCAUGUAAUAGGUUUCAGCCUUGGAGCCCAUAUAGCUGGAUUUGCUGGAAUGAAUUUGAAGAAUUCGAUAGGGUAUUCUUUUAUGAGAAUAACAGAGUUCAAAUACAAUACAUGUAUGAUUCAACAACAGGCAUCGCUGUGUCGACACGUCAUACGUCUCAUCAGUGGUGCCAGAUAA